CGCUGAGUGCAGCCUGCCUUACCAGGGUCGGACUGAAGCUCAAGAAACGGCAAGGAGAAGCGAACAUCUGGCCGCACAUCAUGAAAGGACAUCGCUGCUUAUAGGAAAGAACACGACGAACUGGGAGGAAAUAAAUGUUAUGAAGGAAGAAUGGAGUUCCCAGACCAUAGCCGCCAGUUGCUGCAGUGUCUGAGUCAGCAGCGUCACCAAGGUUUCCUCUGUGACUGCACUGUUCUUGUCGGGGAGGCUCGAUUCAAAGCGCACAGAGCCGUGCUGGCCUCCUGCAGCAUGUACUUCCAUCUCUUCUACAGGGACCAGCUGGACAAAAGGGACGUUGUGCAUCUCAACAGUGACAUUGUGACAGCCCCGGCUUUCAGUCUGCUCCUUGAAUUUAUGUAUGAGGGGAAGUUGGAAUUCAGCAGUCUCCCGGUGGAGGAUGUCCUGGCAGCAGCCAGUUACCUCCACAUGUAUGAUAUAGUGAAAGUGUGUAAAGGCAAGCUUAAAGAUAAGGAACUUUCCAAUCUGGAUGAAAAGAUGAGUGAGGGUUUGGGACUCGGCUGUCUGGACAGGGAAAAUUCCUCAGACGGCGAGCUGCACAGUAAGCAGCUCAUCCGGCGACAGCCCCAGACAAAGUCUCAGGGGCUUCACAGGGCCCCCCCAGCAGAAGAGUUUGACAUGGACAACAGCGAAGUCAGGCUGGCUGUCACAGAUUGUGAUAGGUCUACACAGAGCAGGCAGAAGGCAAAUGGUCACUCUGGCAGGUCCCUGGACCUUGUAGGUGUCAAUUAUGUGUCAGCAGAGGCCGAGCCCUGUGUCCAAACAGCUGGAAAAACAAAAGCUGAUGUCAGUAGUUCCACCGUAUCGCUGUCCCAAAGGUCCCGGGCUUCAGAUGACAUGGACUGUGCACUGGAUUUGUCUUUCAAGCCUCUGUCUAGCAGAGAUCCCUUACACCCCUCCUACGUCUCGGGACAGCUGGCCCUCGACAGCCAGCAGCAGGGCACUGAGCCACUUGUUAAAGACGAACACGACUUGCUGUCAGAGCAGGAGGACAGUGAGCCGAUGAGCCCUGAGAGCCAGCGCUUUGGGAAUAGUGCCAGGAGCUCAGUGGUGACAGGGUUCGCUGCCCUCUUCCCAGGCAACAACGGCACCACAGCCGCCCUGCUCUCCCAGGAGGAGGACCUGAUGGAUGAGGAGGGGGAGGCCUGCAGAGGGAGGGAGGGCGCCCCAGGCAGGGAGGUAGAGGAGAGGAGGGGUAGGCUGCUGGGGGACAGUGAGGAGGAAGAGGAGGACGACUUGGCCUCUUCAGACAUCUCCACGUCCAGCGGGGUGCUCCUGCCCCCGGGGCAACAGGUGUGUGUGUGCCCCCUCUGCAGUAAAGUCUUCCCCAGCCCCCAUGUGCUACAACUGCACCUCAGCUCACACUUCCGUGAGAAGGACGGUCCCCGUUCCAAGCUGUCCCCCGACGGCUCGGUCCCCACCUGCAUGCAGUGCAACAAGACCUUCUCCUGCAUGUAUACCCUUAAGCGCCAUGAGCGCACGCAUUCUGGCGAGAAGCCAUACACCUGUGGCCAGUGUGGCAAGAGCUUCCAGUACUCUCAUAACUUGAGUCGGCACGCUGUAGUUCACACACGUGAAAAGCCUCACGCUUGUAAGUGGUGCGAACGACGCUUCACCCAAUCUGGGGACCUCUACCGCCACAUCAGGAAGUUUCACUGUGGCCUUGUCAAGACUCUCGCCAUUGGAUAAAACACCUCUCAGCAGUGCCAUGACAUAAGACCGAAUGUCUUUUCAGAUACUGAAUACUACUACUGAACAUCUUUUCCGAUUUUAGUAUACAUAUGUUGGCAGUUUGUUGGCUACAUAUCUUGUGGAUUCUACCCCAUGUGGCAUUUAUCAAGUUAAAAGAUGUAGCAACUUUAAAACUGGAGCUGUUUUCUGUGCAGGACUGUGUCAGAGGCAGACAGUUGAAAGUGCACAGGCUGUUAGGAUGAACAUGGGUGCUGUGAAACUCAAGCUGGAUCUGUGUCGACGAAGGUGAACAAAUCUGAUGAUGCACUUGUUUGUUAUCUGUCUUGUUUGUGUCAGUUUAUUUGAGGAGUAUACUUGUGAAAAGAAAAGGCAUCCUAUGUUCCUACCCUAUGGGCAAAUGGGUUAUAGCUAAUGUUAACAUAUAUGUUAAUACAAUCGUCAGAGUGAGUGAGAAUUUAUUUGUGCACAUGGGAGAUCAGAACCGUCCGUGAGUAGCAAUAUGUGAUUUUCUUUUUAACUCCUACAUUAUUAUUAUUAUUAUUAUUAUUAUUUAUUUUUGGGGAUUUGUUUAGUCCUUUUAACAAGUAAAAUUAUCAUAAGGCAGCAAAACUAGUUUCACUACUGGAAGUAUCAUUUUUAUUAAUGAAAGUAGAACGUUUGUUUGGUUGAAAUGAAGUUGAUUACAGUUUAAUGUUGCUCAUAACAAGCGGCAAGCAGACCAUCAUAUCACCAUAUUACUUUUCUGCCUUAGGGAGAGUUACCAGCUCUUUAGUUGCUAAUGUGAGUGAGCACAUAUCGCCUUCUAAUUGCUUUUUUUGUUUUUUAAAAAGAAGUUGUAUAAUCAGAGGAGGGGUGGAGAGUAGUUAAAAGCAAAUGCCUGCAACAAUGGUGCCUACUGAAAUUCUUGACACUUCACCUAGUGUACUUACUUAAUGAAGAAUGAGAUAUAUCGCCAUGCCUUCUGAUCAAAUUCAGUGAGUUUUUUUUUUUUUUUUUUUUAGGCCUUUAAAAGAUAUGGAUUACACUCCACAUACCAGGUGGUAACAAAGGUAAUUGUCUACUCUGGAAAACCAAUUGAUCCACGAGUGCCCUUUAAUUAAAUCAUUUACAAGAAUACAACAAAAGUUAAUCAAGCUUGUGUCAUUAAAUGUUUAUUGACUCAUUUGGGUUAAAAGCAAAUAGUUUACCUUGUUAUUUCCUGGUAUGGUGUAAAGGGUACACUGACAUACAGUGUUAAGGCCAAACCCUCAGCAGGCAGGCAGGGAGGGGACAGACAGGUGGAUAUUGAGUACUUUGUCAGUCUGUUGUUAGCGCUGUUUGUUCUUCAAAGCUGUGCUCCACGUGACAUUCAGCUGAACCUACUGACGUUUCUUUCUUUCAAAUUAACCCCCUCACAUUAUCAUAUCUUCUUACUGUAUGUGUGUAAGUUACUACUGAAGAAGUUGGAGCCUUUAGUGAUGCUGUCCUUGAGAGAAUCUGUGGGCAGGAAAUGGAUUUUCUUCUGUCUGUCCACAUAGAUGCUACAUGGAUUCUUAACAGGGGCGGAGCACUAAAAGUUUGUGAUAUUUGUCUAAUCUGUCCUGAGAAGACUUGAUCAGAAUUUAUUUAUUAGUUUGACUUGGUUCAGGGUUUACUAUAGGUGUAGUCCUUAUUUCUAUGAGCUUGAAAGACAUCUUGUCUUGCCUAGCGAUCUUGGUACUCAUUAACUGGUAUUUGGGGCUGUCUGUUCAUUUUCUCUGUGCAAAUCGAAUUACUGUAAUUGUAUUUUAAUAUACUGUGUAGAAAUCUCUACGGAGUAUUCAAGUUUGUCACAUGGAACAUAGAGAAGCACUUGUUUUUUGCAUGCAUAUAGUUUCAACACUAUUGUCUAGGCUGCUAUUUCUUACUAUAUGUAUAUUUAAUGUAAAUAUAUAUUCUAUUUAUCAAACUGUUUGUUUUUCCAUGUUACAACACAUGUAAGGUGGAGAGAGUCAGUUGUCGUAUUAAGACUGCAGUCUCUUAAAGCGUCACGUCUUCCCCAGGGGGUUUUGUUCCUUUUCCAUAUUCGAGACUUGAUUGGACUCACUACAAAUCAGAACAGUUAAUACAGAUUGGAGUGCUGUUCUGCCACAGGAAACCGUUGUUCACAAGCACAGCCACACUGAUACGGCAUUGGCUACCUAUAGAAAUGAGACAAUGCAGGCAGUGUUCCCCCCACCGAGUCCCAGGUAGUUCUCAAGGGAUCAUUGUGUAUCCCCCCCCUCCUAGCUGUGGGGAGAAAAGGCAACGCAAGCCUCUGUUUCUUUGCACUUUUCUGUAUUGAAUGGAGCCAUUGGAAUGUGAGAAAUGUAUUUAGCAGAGGGAGACCAAGGACACUGUAAACAGGUGUAUUGUUUGGAGGCAUCAAAGAAAAGCCCCCCCCCCCAAUCGCAGCAUGCAGUAGAUAAAUGCUUCAUUGUUCCUCUACAUGGAGGAGAUACCACAGUGAGUUGAUUGCACAUCUAUCAAGAGAAUAUGAGAAUUAUCUGAAUAUUGUUUUCCAAGUGCUAGAUUUAGAGAAAACGUCGAGAUUGUCAAUAAUGUGUCCGGCAAUAUGUCAUAUGUAAGUGUUGACUACUUACCCAUUUCAGCAUAGACACCCUAAGGUGUUUUUGUUUUUGUUUUUUUCUCCCCCCCCCCCUGUCUUUUAUGUUAAUCACCCAGACAUCUUUCAGGACACAAAUGAAUUCACCUGUGAUUUCUCAGCAUUUGCAAUGGUUUGUCAGCAGUUUUAAACGAAGGGAAAACCAAGUCAAGAAGGAAUCAAACCAUUUCUCUCUUUAUUACUAAUUACUGCAGUCUUGCUUUCAUUCUGCUCCCUGACCCACAGUCAGCGACGAGGCUUGAAUGAACGAGGCUGGUGUGUAAUUUUACAAGAAUUGUGAUUUGGCUCCCUGUUUACUUGGAACAAACACCCGUGUUGUUCGCAUGCCGCAAGAGUUUAAUCACUUCGGUUAGUCGUCAGAUCAAUAGAUAUAUUUCAGGUAGCUGGUAAUGUAGUGUUAAUGUAUCAGAACACAGGAAUGUAGAUUUUGUCACUGUUUGAGUUUUUUAAAGGAACAUUUCUUUUGUUGUGCAAAUUAAAUUGUACAGAGGUAGAAAAACUAACGAUAUGUGAGAACUUUUCUUUUUAUUGUUUGGAGUCUUUAUUUAUACCUCCAGGAUGAUCACCAAAUGUGCCUUGUAGACACACGAAUAGGUGUUGCAUCUGGAGAAGCCCUUUUCUAUAUUGUACAUUUUGCCCUUGACUGCGAUGGUAAAGCUCACAUCACAGCAACAGCGGCCCACUGAAGUGAUUCAGCACUGUUGCUCCUGUUUUUCUACCAUAUAGAAAUGUUAAAUCAGACAAACUAAAAAAAAAAAAAAAAAAGUUUUGAGUCCAUUUAUUUUUGCUGCUUUGCAAAAGAUUACAUUGACGUUUUGAGAUUUAUUUGACCAUUUCUGUUUAUGUGAAUAAAUCUGUUUUGGAAGUGUUCAACUGAAGACAAGCAUUUUUGUAAUUUGGCUUUUAGUAGCCAAUACCACUGGGAACUAACAGUCCAGUCCUUAGUUAAUGUCACUGUUGAAUGUGAAACACUGAGAUAUUGAUUGUUGACUUCUAUAGAAACGGCGCGACUCUUGAUCAAGAGCUAUGUUUGCCUCAUGCUGUAUGAUCUUUUAAGUCUAAAAAAAUGACUUUACCGAUACUGGAAUUUUGUCCUCUGCAGGUUACAACUGUGAAAUUGUGUAUAAUCAUGAAAAAUAUUUAUUAUUGCAUUUGCUUCUUGUGCAACAUUUGACUGUCUCAGUUUUAAUUUGGUUUUUAAAAAAAGCUUCUAAAUGUCAAAUGAAAAUCUUUUUAAUAGAAAUUUGUAGAAGUGCCAUUAGAAUUUAAUAUAAUUUUUUAAUAAGAAAGGUAUAUUUUAUAGUAAUCAAUUGCUUCAGUGUUAGUGGUGUAGCGAUUAGAUGACAAUCUUUAUGCAGAAUUGACAUUGCUUAGAUAUUGAAGCAAUUUACUUUGAUCUAUAACUGUAUGUGCAUUUUCUUUGUUUGCGCUUUCGGAGUGUGCGUGUGUGUGUGUGUGUGUGUGUGCGUGCUGUGGAAAUGUGACAAUCUUGAUUUUAGGUCUUUCUUAAGAUUAUGCAUAGAAUUAAAUGGAACAACUUUC